AAAAACAACUCUAAAGUAUCCUUUCAUUUUGAUCCCCGAGUCAGACCCGAACUGCUUAGUGCAUGACUGAUCCGCUACUAACGAACCGACGAGCGGAAUAUAUCUUGCGUCACGCUUCCUCUCAUUCUUCUUUCUUGAAACGUCCAAAUUUCCAACUACAUCUUCUUUUCCGGACUCAAAUCACGCAGGUAAUAGGGUAGGAAUUGGCAAGGAUUCUUCUCAAGCGUCUCCCUGCUGUUUUGGAUCUCAAGAUGGAAGAAUCAAACCAUGGAAUCAUGGCGACUCGCUGCUGUACAAGCAGGUGUUCAAGACCUAUACUUCGUACCUUCAUCAUCAGUUAUCUUGUACCUAGUAUCUUUACCUCCGUUACUAUCUUCCUAGCCCUUUAAUCCUCGCAUACCAUGGAUUUAUUUACCCGGCUACGUGGAGUCCCAGGUCGCGACUUCCACAUGCAACAAUAAAAACUCCAGAGAACGGGAUGCUCCUACCUUUCCAGCAUGUCGUGGGUUGGAAGAGCGGUGGUUGAAGGGCAAGAUGGACUCCCUGGUCUGGGAAUCAUCAGCGAGCGCAAUUUCUUUGCCUACUGGCUCCUUCACAGUUUUUCUGGUAGUCAUCUGGCGCACUCAAGCCAUCAGUCACCAUGGUGUCUCCCAAGCCAUCCUUGAAGUCAGUCAAAGCUGGACGGGUCACUAAGUCACAGACUGUGUGGGAUUCUGCUGCAAAGUCAACCCCUGCUUUGCAAUCAUUCUUUGGAACCAGUUCGAGCACGGCACAGUCACAAAAGUCGAAGCUGAAGCCAAAAGUCCACCGCGCGACCUGGAACAAUGCGGCAGCACUGAGUUCGAGACUGGAUACUUUCGUGACAGCUUCUGUGCCACAAAAUGACAGUCCCAACUCUCUUGACGUCGGUCACAGUACCCGAAUAUCAUCACCAAGUUCUAUCAAGAGCCUAGGACCUGCAGCCAAUGAUUGUUUCACUAUCGCAUCUGCUGCUCUCCGGUCACCACAAUCGUUCAACGCUGUCACGGUAAGUUCAGCUGAUAACCGUCUGCAGCAUGCUGUGGCCGAUGUUCCACCUGAGGCAAGUACGGUACUCCAUGGGCCCAGAUACCAGGACCAAGAUGCUGCUGCGCAACUCAUCAAGUGGUUCUGUGGCCUUGCUGUUGUCCGCGGUACACCUGGAAACGUUUCCCAAUUCAUAGAAGAUACCUUGGAGGAGAGUAACCAGCAGGUCAUCCUGUCGAAGUCCAUGGUCAAGUAUGGACUUCACAGGGAGUCCUAUAGCAGAGGGUGGUAUCAUACUAACUCCAUGGCACAUAGGAAGUCCUCGACUUUGGCACAAGCCAUGCAAGAGCUUGUGGCCGACCAAGCUGCUCUCGAUACCCAGCCAAGCCACGAGUCUGCACUCCCAUCGACCGAGCCCUCGCAGCUGUCCGCAGAUCUCCAAUCUCAGCUCCAGUGUCUCGAUUACGAGACUACAACUUCAGAAUGGCUCUCAUGCCUGGAUACGGGGCUAGAUACAUUGUGGGACGACUUUGUCAGCGACAAUGUAUCUCAGGGACUGGUACAGAUGGCAUCAUUCCUUGUAAAGCCGUCAGGUUCUAGGAUGGCUACGCUUCAUCUUCGAUGGCACUACCCGACUUUUUCAACGAAGUCUCCAUUUUUUGGUGUGACUGCUGACUCAUCCAAUCCAUGCUUGCGUAUGGCGUUCAAGAAACUAGGCUUGCAAAGCGGUACCGAAGUGUUCAUGGACGAAGCGGUAUAUUUACGAUAUAGCCGUGUGGACAAGGAUGACCGACUGCCGUACCUGAAAGACCAAGAUCUCACACGCCUGCACAACAACUUUGCCAGUAAUCUAUUCUCUGCUGGUCGCAUAGUUCUACUUCUUUCCGAGGAGAAUUUCAAAGACUUCAAAUCAUCGGAAGCGUAUGGCCGCUCACUGGGUCUCAUGGUCUGGCCCAACCGGAAGAUUUACAACCAAUCAUGUCAUAUUUUUAUUGUGUAUGAAGAUAGCAUGAAGACCACCAUAACCCAAAUCGUCAUUUUGGCAUGGCAUACGGAAGGAAUCAUGAACCAGAAGUCUCCCCAGCUCGCACAACAACAAGACGAUCUCUGGAACCUUGCGGCAGCACUUUCAGGCCACAAACAACCAGUGAAUUCGGAUUACUUCAGGUGGUGGGUUGCUGAGAACGUGAAACGAAAGCAGCCCACGUUCUCAGGGACACCGCUUGGCUGGAUCGGCCAGACACCCUUGAACCGAAUUCUUGAAUUGAUCACCUACGAGAAGCUCUCUGGUUCUGUAGUCGCAGCAAAUGAGCUCGGAGACUGUCUUCUUGAUUGGGUGCAUCGAAAUUCGUUCACGGCUGAUCAAUCUUCAUCCUUGACGAUUGUCAGGCAGAUCCACAGAGUCUUUGUUACCCGAGCUACGGAAUCACAGCGUGUUCAAGGAUUCCCCAAUCUUGUUCUAGCAAGGGCUGUGCUGAGGAAUAACAAUUGGCCUAAUUUGAAGAAGGGUCAUAUAUCAUUGGCUGCAAGUGGACAUGCGAACCUUGCUAAAGGCCGGUCUGCUCAACGAGCUAACGGCUACGAUAGCCUGGUCAAGGCACGAGCAGCUCGCAAACUCAAGCGUGAGUCUGGUGGACCAAAGUUCUUUCUAUCAAACAAUGCAAAGACGGCUUCCAAGACAUUCGAUCUUUUCGAUGAGCAUUGCUUCCCUGGUACCAAUUCUGACCCCGUGUCGGUACCUCGAAAGUGUUCUCGUUGCCUGGAGCCGGUGGCGGAUGAUGAGAACCCACGAUUCUUCAACGUUAGAUAUCCAACCAGUGGCGCUCGAGGGAGCUAUAAUGUCCGGAAAAUAUAUUAUCCUCUGUGCGUGAUGGCCGGAUCUAAUGCUGACAAGUACCUCUGCCGAAGUUGUCCAGCUGCGAAGGUUAACAAAUACGUUGAAUACAUCCCAAUAGAUGGGAAACCAGCAACCCGUGCAAAUGCCCUAUCGAGUCCCUUGACAUUUCUGGUUACAUCUGAUGAAACGACGAGAUGUCUUUGGUAUGGACCAAGAGCAGCAAUGCAGCAGCUCUUCAAACAGGGUAGGGUUGAAUCCAAUGGCAAAUUGGUGAAGUGGGAUGGGGUCAGAAAGUCCAAACUCGCUUCCAUGGUCACGAAGUACAAUGCCGACUAUCCGAAGUACAAUAACCUGUACGAUAUCAUGUUGAAUCUGAAGGAGGAAAACAGCGACAUGAUGAAUAACUUCAUGGUGUUGCAUAAUCGGAUGGAACAGCUGAGAAACGAGAUAUUUGCAUUGAAGAGACUGGAGGAUGAGAAGGCAGCAAGUGGGAAGGAAUGCGCGAGAGGUAGGGAAACGUUUCAGGGGCAGAGGAGAUGAUCAUACAUGGUGUUAAUUUAUCAGGCGCUGCAUGACUUAUUAGAGAUUAUCAUGGUAUAGAUAUACCCCUGAUGUAAUGGUAGCUGGACAGUCUUACUCACGAUAGAGGAUAUGUUGCGACAUCUCUUGAAACAAGUGGCAUUCUAUAAAGCUUUCUUCUAACACCUGGCCGGUACUCGCGUGUGCGAGCUGUGAAGCAAUAGCCAGCGUGGAAUACGUCUUAUGGAAAUGCCUUCGUCUGUCGAGUAUAGCAGCUCGAGCACCAGAUUUCCAUUGAAAGGGGGUCGACAUAGAUUCUGGCGUGUAACGAUCUUCAAAAACGAGUGACAAUUCAAAGUGUUAGCGGGCCCUAUUCAUCAUUCAAAUUCAAAU